AUGGAAGGCAACGGCUUACAGCGCGAGGGACUCAGCCUGGGCCCCCUAGAUCAGCAGGCAGCAGCAGCAGCAGCAGCAGCAGCAGCAGCAGCAACAACAGCAACAACAGCAGCAGCAGCAGCAGCAGCAGCAAAUUCUGCUGCUGCUGCUGCUGCUGAUGGGCUUCGUCUUCUUAGCAGCGCCUCACAAGAAGUUAAGAUGCAGCAGCCUGCUGCUGCUGCUGCUGCUGCUGCUGCUGCUGCUGCUGCUGCUGCUGCAGACACACCAGCUGCGGCAGCUUGUACAUCUGAAGCAGCAAAAGUAGCACUGAGAGAAACACAAUCGCCAGCAGCAGCAGCAACAGCAGCAGCAGCAACAGCAGCAGCAGCAGCAACAGCAGCAGGCAAUGAAAAGCAACAAGAGGGGGAUGUGCCUCUGCUCAGCAGCAGCAGCACUCCUGCAACAGCAGCAACAGCAGCAACAGGAGCAGCAGCAGCAGCAGCUGCAGCAGCAGCAGCAGCAGCGCCAGAGAGCUCCUCUGCUGGGCAGCAGCACUCGCAGCGCCAGUUGUCCCGACCCCAGCAGCAGCAGCAGCAGCAGCGGCUGCAGCAGCAGCAGCAGCAGCAGCAGCAGCAGCAGCAAGUUAAAGCAGCAGAAGAUGCCUGCGACAGCGCCUCACAAGAAGUUAAGAUGCAGCAGCAGCAGCAGCAGCAAGUUAAAGCAGCAGAAGAUGCCUGCGAGUCGACGCAUCUCCUGAAGGCACAGGAGAGGCAGCAGCAGCAGGUUCAGCAGCAACUGCAGCAGCAGGUCCAGCAGCAGCUGCAGCAGCUGCUGCAGCUCCAGCAACUACAGGCGCAGCAGCAACAGCAGCAGCAGCAGCGCGUUGCACCUGCAACACUGCGGCAGCAGCAGCAGCAGCUGCUGCGACUUCUCUUGCUGCUGCUGCCUGCCGACACAAACCACCAGACCGAAGACACCCCAAAGGCUGGGGAUGCAGCAGCAGCAGCAGCAGCAGCAACAGCAGCAGCAGCAGCAGCUGGCAGCAGCAAAGCAAAUGCUACUGCAGCAAGACGGACCCUUAACCACCCCUCUCAAGAGCUGACGGCAGCUGGGGAGAAGCAGGGCGUGUCGCUGCAGCAGCAGCAGCAGCAGCAGCAGCAACAACAGCAGCAACAGCAGCAGCAGCAGCAAGAGGGCCGGUUGCUGCAAGGCGCGCUAGCUGACGGAGUAGGGCCUCGGCCGCAGCAGCAGCAAGAGGGCCGGUUGCUGCAAGGCGCGCUAGCUGACGGAGUAGGGCCUCGGCCUGAGGAUUUGCUGCUGGCGCUGCAGCACCGCAGCAGAGCAGCAGCAGCAACAGCAGCAGCAACAGCAGCAGCAACAACAGCAGCUUUAGAGCCAGCGGCUCAAUCUUCUGCUGCUGCUUCUGCUGCUGCUGCUGCUGCAGCAGCAGCAACAUAA